UCUGCCGAACAUUAUUCGUCAUCCCUCCACCGCAUAGACGAUUAGCCGAACCUACCCUAGUUGGGUACAUCACAUGGCGAUCCUGCCAGUCGUAUGCGGUUAGAGGUCCAUAUGGUUUUCACUGAGUAUUCGUAGCCAAGCCAAGAUGGGAUCGGGACAGUCCAAACAAGAGGAGGUUAUAAUUGCCCAAACUGGAAAUAGUGCAGCAGCGUCAUCGAUUGAGUCCAAGACCCCCUCUACACCGGAAAUCUUAGGGAUAAUCGCUUUCAUUGUAGUAUGUAUUGGAGUCAUCCUAUAUUUAUAUUGGAGAGUCAAGAAGGCGAUUGAAAAGAAGGUACAGCUGGAGGUCAGGAGAAGCCACCAGGACCUAGUGUAAAGGAAAAAUAUACCGUAAGAAUUUUUUCCUUGUUAUGUCUAAUUUUCCAUGGAAUUUGAUGAACUAUUUGCCGAGUUAAGUGGGGUGUCUCAAAAAUUCCUCGAAAAUAUCAGAAAGGAGCCGCGAGAACGUAGGGAACGGGCCGAUAGAGUCGAUAAAUUUCUCAAUGAACUAGUGCAGUUAGAAUAUAAAUUCAACAAGUUGAAUAAAACUGUCAAGUCGGAACCAAAUUUUCUCAAAGCAUUGAAUCCUCACCAAGCAAUCAUAGAAAAGUCACUGUCAGAAUCUAGAAAAUUGCUUCAAGAAAGGUCUAAAUUAAUUGAAGAUAAACAGCAUUCAGAAAAAUCAACAAUGACGGAAAAAUUUGACUUGAGGACAGCAUCCUCUUUAUUGCCAGCUAUUACUAAUGAAGAAGAGUCCGUAUUGCAAUUAAUUGAUGCCAUAGAGUUAUAUACCGAUAUGCUCGAUGAUCAAGGUAAAAAGUCUCUGAUCAAUUAUGUGCUAAAAAUCAAAUUGACUGCAAAUGCUAAAUUGAGGUUACGGAAAGAGUAUCAGAAAGUUGAAGAUUUGGUAAUAGAUAUGAAAAAAACCCUCAUAACAAAAAAGUCACCAACAGCUUUAUCAACUCAACUCCACAAUCUGAAACAAGAAAAUAAGACAAUAGAAGAUUUUGCUAAACUAGUUGAACAGUUGUCUCUCGAUUUAACGAUCGCUCAAGCAGAUAAUGCACCGCGGUCGCAAGUUCACCAAUCAUUCGAAAAACAAUAACAAAGGGUACUCGAAACAGC